AUAUAUAUGCAUAGCCGUCUCUCGAGAAACUCCCUCAGUGGGUCCAUUCCUCCAUCUUUGGAGAAUUUAUCGUCCCUCAAAUAUCUGAGUUUGUCGAAUAAUAUGUUAUUAGGUUAAAUCCCUAAAGAAUUGGGCAACCUCUCUCAUCUCCUAUAUAUGUACUUGGAAUUCAAUGAACUCACUGGUCAGCUUCCACCAGAACUUGGAAGAUUGGGAUCUCUUGGUUAUCUAGGGUUGAGCUCCAACAAUUUGAGCGGAGAACUGCCUGGAAAUUAUGCCAACUUUACGGGAUUGCAGUGGUUUCGCGUAGCUGGGAACCGUUUGACCGGUCAAGUACCAAGUUUCAUUGCGAAUUGGACUGAACUCAAUAGGCUGUCCCUCUCCGGAAAUGAUUUUGAAGGAGAGUUUCCUCUUGAAAGUAUUUUUAACUUGCAAUAUCUCAGAUACUUGUAAGUGUUCUAUAAUUUUCACCGGGUUGAAAUAAAUGCAUGUUUUAUUAUGGAUUGUUUUUCUUCCAGGUUUGUUAGUGAUGUAAAUAGCUCCGGUUCUCCUUUCCCAAAAAAUGCAAGCAUGAAGGGAAUAAGAUACCU